AUGAGCUCUGAAAAUAGGGAGAGCCACGCCAUGGUGAGCGGCGCACAGGAUGAGAAUUGUGCAGCGCAGGAUCAAUUUCCAUUCAAAAGAGCGAGUGAGGAAAUUGAUAGGGUAAUAAAAGAGAUCAAGCAAGUGACUAGUCAAGUUGAAAAUGAGCUGAUGGAUGCCCGAAUAGCGGGAAAAUAUAGAGCUCAAAUGAGAACUAGUUUGGAGAAGCAGACGCUGUAUGACAAAGGGAUUGAGAGCGUGAAAGAUUGGAAUGAGUAUAUUGCUACUACAGAGCGAGAUGGCGAACUUAUCGCGGACUUAUGUGAUAUGUUUCAGACGGGGGGGGACGCUGGUCAUUUACGAGGAGUACUCAGUGCAAUACAGCCGUCGCGAGCACUAGCAAGACGGCAAGUGGAGUCAAAGCCGAGUGAAGAAAAAAUGGACACUGAAGAAUCAAAUGGUCAGUCAAGGAACAUGAUAGUAAGAAGCCAGGGUGCACCCAAUGAAGAAGUUAUUCAGGUCGAGCCGAGGGAAAACUCGACGGAACGUCGACAGACUGGAGCGUAUUACGAGCCGCACUCGAGGCUGCAUUCGGUGAUAUCGUCAGAGAGGGCCGCCAUACCAGGGUUCGAUGACCAAACAUUGUUGGAUAUUAUGGUAGACGAUCAUCUGGAAGGUAGGGCUAAGAGCGUGCUUCUAGCAUUGCCUAACAGUGUGAGAGAGCGGGGUUUUGAGGCAGUGGUAGAAGAGGUGAGGAAAAUGCUGACGCAAGAUUCGACGGCGGGUCGACUGAGGGCACUCGCGGAGCUGAGAUGCCUAAGGCGAAGACCCGGUCAGAGCGUAGCGGAUUUCUGUAGUGUCCUUGAACACUUGGGGAGACAGGCCAACCCCUCAUGCAGCAUAAAAGACAGAUCCUUAGAAUACGCUCAGAUUCUGUUAGACAACCUAACAGAUUGGCCGGAGCAUAUCCAGUUGCUAAGCACACUACAUGGAGUCAGCCCGUCAGAAGCGUAUGAUUCUGUUAAGCAGCUGGCUCUCACAAUGGAACAGUCGAAAUCUAUGUGGGCUUCAAGUGGGAGUACACGUAGAGAUGGGUGGAAAAGAAGAUCAAUGGCGUACCAACAAGCAGAAAGGAAGCGAGAGCUAGAGCCGAAAGGGGUCGAGGGGAGAGUGCAACAUGACAGUCGAAAGCGCUUUGCGCCAUAUACGUACGCAGAAUAA